AUGUUCCACUGUUCGACCAGCGGGAAGACAGACGAGCUGAAGACCUUCAUCGGACAUGAUGAUGCUUUCCAGGAGGGACGACGGAGACUGAUCCCAGCUGUGAGGAACUGCAGGAAGUUUCGAGUUCAUCCUGGAUUCAACUGGAGUAACCUCGAUGAUUCUGACUGUGAAGUGAUCUCCUCAGCUCUGAAGUCUGACCCCUCCCAUCUGAAACAUCUGGACCUGAGUGACAACACUUUGGAGGAUUCAUCAGUGAAGAUUCUGUGUUCUGGACUGGAGAGUCCAAACUGUCAACUGGAGACUCUGAGGUUGAAAUACUGCAGUAUGUCAGAGACCAGCUGUUCUUCUGUGGCCUCAGCUCUGAAGUCCAACCCCUCCCUCCUGAAACAUCUGGAACAUCUGGACCUGAGUAGGAACUCUGUGCAGGAUUCAGGAGUUGAGCAGCUGUGUGGUUUCCUGGAAAGUCCUCUUUGUUGUCUGCAGACUCUGAAGUUGGAGGACUGCAGGUUGUCAGAGAUCAGCUGUUCUUCUGUGGCCUCAGCU